AUGGCAACCCCGUUUGACUCCCGCCAGGAAUUGGCCCAGAUCCACCGUGAGUACCACCAAUUCUUCCCCGAGAUGACGGUGGUGGACACUGGGGCCACGCCGCACUUGCACAUCACCACCGGCCAGGGAGCGAAGCACCGGGUGGCCGUGGUGGUGGCCGGGUGGUACGACGAGGCGCAGCCCACUCGGCUCUUCCCCACGUUCGAGCUGUUGGCGAUGGAGAUGGUGCCGGGUUUCCAGUCGCAGUUUGCCGAGGAGCUCUACCUGAAGAUCGCCGCCAUGGGCAGCUGA